UUUGGUGUGUCAUCACUCCCGCUUGCUUGUCUUGAAACCAGAGACGAGGUUUAGGGGGAACAAGUUCAGGAAGCUGCGUCAAUUGAUAACACAGACAUAUGAAGCAUAAAAUAAGGCAACAGUUAGACUUAUUUCUCUCUUAGAAUUGAGUUAAGAAUCGGAACUAUUGCUUCGAUUUGGCGUGUGAAUAUCUGGCUGUUGGUCCCCCCUCGGACCAUACUGUAGGGUGUGUGGCCGUGCACACCCUAAUUUCAGGACAUGGCAGGUCUUUGUGGUCUCAAGAUCCUGCUGCUCUGGGCUGGGAUCAUUGGUUUGGGCAAAUGUCAAAGCACAGCAGAUAUUUCAACCGUCUCACCUCCACGCACCACAACCAGUUCGCCUUCACCUUCAGUAACCAACCUAUCUCCCACCGUCUCACCUCCACACACCCCAACCAGUUCGCCUUCACCUUCAGUAACCAACCUAUCUGUCACCGUCUCACCUCCACACACCACAACCAAUUCAACUUUACCUUCAGUAACCAGCCUUUCUGUCAACUCCUCGCUUCCACACGCCACAGCAACAACUACUGCCAUGAUGUCAGGCACCUCAACAACUGUCCACAAACCUCCACUCAGCUCACCAACCCCCACCUCAGUCUCUUCAGAUCAGACAUACAAUUCAACUACCAUGUCUGCCACUAUUCCCACUACCUCACCCAUACCCAGCAACCAAACAGACUCUCAAAACCUGACCUCACCUCCAGUCACCCAGCUCAUCACCACUGUGACAACUACCACCCAAGCCCCACCUCAGUGUUCUUAUACUGUAACACCCAUCCAGUUUGGCUUCCAGUUUAACAUUACAAGCUCAACCACUGGUAACUACACCAUAAACAUUAAGGAAGAAGGUCAAUCAAAGACUGCAGAAAGUGUCACUGUUUACUCCAAUCAAACCUCAUCUCAUGACAUCAAAGACCUGAAGCCCUGUACUGAAUAUGAGCAUAAUGUGACAUUUCUUGAUGCUGCUGGCAAAGAAAACCCCUGUAACCACACUGAAAGUAAAACAAGGACAAUUAAAAUGAGUAAAAAUGACAUCGAAGAUGAAGCCAACUGCAUCUCUGGACAUGUUUGUUACCGAUCUAAUUGGGACAUCAGCUCUUUACAAUCAACACCAAUGAAGAUUCCAGCUGAGCAAUGUGGCAAUAAAGUUUUCUGUUUCAAACCUGGUAUCAAUGACAUUUGCUCAGAUUUUACUACGACCAUCCCAUCAGAUAACUGUAGGAACUCUUCCUUUAGCCUCACCAAACACAUCCCUGUUGGUUUCCUGAAUACAUCUGAAAUAAAUCAGACUGUUUCCAAACAAUUUCCUGCAAAAAUAGAACCAACGUUGCCUCCAAACUGUAAAAACCUUGCCAUUGAUUACACCUGUAGGGAACAUGGAGUCAAUGGGUCUAAGAACCUGUCUGAGCUGGAGCCUUUCACAAACUACAGCUGUACUGGUCAGAUCAAGGACAACAAUGUCCCCAUAGGAAACACAGCUGCUGUUGACUUCAGGAUUGACUGUGAUUUUACCAUAAGCUUCACAAAGAAAAGUCCAACUAACACAUCCAUUCAGUUGGAAUGGGACACAACCAGUCACAACUGUCAAAAUGUCAGUCAGAACCUCUCCUAUGACUGCAGUUGUAGACCCUCCGAUCAAAAACACAUGACUGCAGCAGAAAAGCAUGCAACAGGAGGAACAUGUCAUAUUACUGGACUGAAACCAUACACCAAUUACACCUGUGAAGUCCAGCCCAAGUACAACAACAAGAAAGUUGGCAAAAAAGCUUCAGUUACACGGGGCACUGAGAGUGGAAUUCCAGAGCGUGUUUCUAAUCUGAAGGAGACUCUUCCAGAGAAUAAUGUGAUUAGAGUGACCUGUCAUUCAAAAUUCUUUCAUGGACCUCAUAAGAUAUACAGAGCACGACUUCUUUAUGGCAGGGACACUCUAAUUCUGAGAGAAAAUACAAAGUGCGAGUUUGAAUUCAAAGAUCUGAGCUACCUUACAUCCUACACAGUGAAGGUGACUGCUUUCAACGGAAAAAAUGAGAGCCAGCCGGAGACAAGAGAUGUUGCCACUCUGUAUAAUGACAAAGCUCUCAUUGGUUUUCUCAUCUUUCUCAUCGUCGUCACGUCUGUGGCUCUGCUUGUGGUCAUCUUCAAAAUCUACAUUUUAAAGCGGAGAAAGUCCCAUGACAUGAGUGAAAACCUGAGUCUUCUUCCAACAGGAAAUGAUGAGGAGAACCUGCUGCCUGUCGAGCCUAUCGUGGCAGAGGUCUUGCUGGAAACCUACAAGAGGAAGCUCGCUGAUGAGGGAAGACUUUUCCUGGCUGAGUUUCAGAGCAUCCCCAGAAUUUUCUCAAGGUACACAGUUAAAGAGGCCAAAAAGCCCUGCAACGUCCCCAAGAACCGCUACGUGGACAUCUUGCCAUAUGAUUAUAACCGUGUCCAGCUGGCCACAGGAAAUGACGAGGCAGGAUGUGACUAUAUCAACGCCAGCUUCAUCGAUGGAUACAAGGAAGCCAAAAAGUACAUUGCAGCUCAAGGGCCAAAAGAUGAGACAGUGGGCGACUUCUGGAGGAUGGUCUGGGAGCAGCAGUCCUCUAUUAUUGUCAUGGUAACACGCUGUGAAGAGGGCAACAGGGUCAAGUGUGCGCAGUACUGGCCAUCUCCGAAGCGAGAGACGGAGAUCUUUGAGGAGUUCAUAGUGAAGCUCAACUCAGAGGACUACUGUCCGGAUUACAUCAUCCGCCAUCUCAGCCUAACUAAUAAGAGGGAAAAGAACUCAGAGAGGGAGGUGACCCACAUUCAGUUCAUGAGCUGGCCAGACCACGGCGUCCCAGGGGAGCCACACCUCCUCCUGAAACUAAGGCGGCGUGUCAAUGCUUUCAAGAAUUUCUUCAGUGGCCCCAUCGUCGUUCACUGCAGUGCUGGAGUGGGUAGGACAGGCACCUAUAUUGGCAUUGAUGCUAUGAUGGAGGGUCUGGAGGCAGAAGGCAGAGUGGACAUCUACGGUUAUGUAGUUAGACUCCGCAGACAGAGAUGUCUCAUGGUUCAAGUAGAGGCCCAGUACAUCCUGAUUCACCAGGCCCUGCUGGAGCACAACCAGUUUGGAGAGACUGAGAUCAAUCUGUCUGAGUUCCACAGCACACUGAGUACUCUCAGACAGAAGAACUCAGGCAGCGAGCCCAGCCUAGUGGAGGAGGAGUUCGAGCGACUCCCCGCCUAUAAAAACUGGAGGACAUUCAACACGGGGAUCACAGAGGAAAACAAGAAGAAGAAUCGCUCUUCAUCCGUCAUCCCAUAUGACUACAACCGAGUGUUGCUGAAGCUAGACGAAGGGCGCAGUCAUGAAAGCGAACCUGAUGAAGAUGAGGAGGAGGAGUCAUCAGAUGAAGAGGAUGAAGAAUCCACUAAAUAUAUCAACGCCUCCCAUAUUGAUGGCUACUGGAGCCCCCGUGCCUUCAUCGCAGCACAGACUCCACUGCCAGACACCAUGGCUGACUUCUGGUUGAUGGUGUUCCAGAAGAAAGUAUCCGCCAUUGUCAUGCUCUCAGACAGCAGUGAGGGAGAUAAGGAGUCUGACUCUGUGUACUGGGACAAAGACAAGAAGGUAUUUGGGGACUUUGAGGUGGAGGUUGCAAGCACAGACACCACCCCAACUUUCAUCAGCCGCAACAUGCUGAUCCGUCACGUCAAGAGGAAAGAUAGUCGGUCGGUGAAACAGUUCCAGUUCCUGAAGUGGGUGAACAGAGAGCUGCCAGAGAACCCUCAGGAUCUCGUUGACAUGGUCAAGGAAAUCAAGAACAGCUGUGGCAGCAGCAAAUCCCAGACGAUCGUGGUUCACUGCAAUGACGGCUCGUCCCGCACAGGGAUUUUCUCUGCUCUGUGGAACCUGCUGGACAGCGCUAAGACUGAGAAGCUGGUGGAUGUUUUCCAGGUGGUCAAGUCCUUACGCAAAGAGAGACAGGGCAUGGUCUCUAGUCUGGAGCAGUACCAGUUCUUGUACAGCGCUCUGGAGGGUGCCUUCCCUGUCCAGAAUGGGGAAGUGAAAGCAGUCCAGGCCUCUGCAGCUGAUUCAGUCCAGAUUGUCAAUGAAACCAAAGCAGCCGAGCAGCCAGCUGAGGGAAAGGCUGAGCAGCCAGCCAGCACUACGAGCGACCAGCAGGGGACAGCAGAGAGCGCACCUGUAGAGGCUGAUGGAGGGAAGGAAGACAAAAAAGAGCCUGAAAAGGAGUCCAGCACUCCCACAGAGACACCACCGCAGGAGGACACCAGCAACGGUCCCACUGUCACUGUGGAGGUCUGAGAUGGGAGGCAGGUGUCUUUUACUUUUGGGAAAGUUAAAUAUUUUCUUUUAAUUUCUAAAUGAAUGUAUAAAUAAACAUUGUAAAGCUUUUACACAAUGUUUCUCUGGUUCAGACAUGUUAAAAGAAUUUGAUCAAAUAUAUUAAUGUCAAUUUCCAAAAUUAUGAUUUAAACUAAGUUAUAAAUAUUUUAGUCAGUAAUGUGUAAGGAUGCAAAUAAUAAUCCCUGUCAGCAAAGUUUACUGGAAAUGCUGUCUUCAAACUAGGAACCUUGGAAUGCUGUAUAUUGAGAGACACCUAAGAUACAAAUUUUAAAUAUACAGUACAGUGGAUGAGCUGUUGUUUUAUAUGCCACUAAAGUUGCAUGUUGAGCUUGAGUUUAUGUAUUGUUUUUCUUAUAUAUUUGGUAUAGUUGUUAAGUCAUUACAUUGUUAGCCAUUAAGUUCAGAACCUCUCUUGUUACACUGUCAUUUCAUUAAAAGAGAAUUACAAUAAGAGUGUUAUUUAUACAGAGUACUUACUUAUUAACCACUGUCAUUUUAAAUAAAUUAAAUCCAGCCUUUAUUUGGCUGGAUUUAAUUUAUUUUAGUCCAUAACAUCUUUAAAAGCUUCAAAAAGAGAGUUUGUCUGUUAUGAAAUUCCUUAUGAAUACCACUGAAAAGUUUUUUUUCUUUAACUUUAAUUGUUGCUUAUUUACUUAUAUAUUUAUUGUCAUAGAAAAGUAUGAGAUUUUUGAUCUGAAGAACUGUAAAGCUGCCGUAUGUGUUCUUUAUAUUAUUUUUAAGACAAAACUGGGUCUUAAUCAUCAGCCAGAUCUUGUGUGAAUGGUAAGGCUGUUUCUGACAGAGGGUUCACAUUCAGCAAACCCACACUGGUUGAAUAAAAGUUAAAAUUAAAAACUGUCGCUAAAAUACAACUAUUGAAAAUUCACAACAUAUACUUUUAUAUAAUAAUUUACUUUUAUUAACAUUUGUCAGUCAGAAGUUGGUUUAUAUAAUAAUUGUCAAAGGCAAACAGUCACAAAAUUUAAGACACAAGAGAUAAAAUGGACAGUUUUCUUCAGUUCAGGACUGUCAUAAGCAGACAGCCUGUUGCAUUUCUCUGAACAGAGCUGCGUCUUCAAUUGUGAACUCCCUGCUACAGUUGCUUGUAAAUAUCUAAAUAUCCAUCACAAAUAGAGGUGCAAUGUAUAAAAAGUAUAUUCUAUGUAUAAAAAUACAAUGAACUGAGAGAAAACAGUGAAAGCUGUGCUUCAUAGACACUUUCUACAAAUUGAACCUCUGAGUUUUCUAUGUUAGAGGCUCAGAGAAGUUUUGUGAAAGCUAUAAAUACCCGAACUAUUGAAAUACAAAGAAGGUGUCAGCAGAUGUAAAGACAUACACAUACUAAUCUAGUAGUCAAAAAAAAAAAAAAACAGUCACAGAGGGUUUAAUCACUUCCUAAAGCUGGCUGACUGCCCUGUGGAGUGUUAUGUUACAUGGAUGUAGUCAAUGCACUGCAUGAGGACACUUAUCCUCAGCCUAACUCUUGGCCCCCUAUAUUUACUACUUCUCAGGGUAAAAAAAAAAAAUGAUUGCAGUUUCUGAUGAGAGAUGACUGAUUAUCAUU